CUUUCCCCGACUUGGGAUCCCUGCUCAGUGAGACCAGAGCCGGGACCGGAGGAGCAUGGAGUGCAGCACGGUGCAGCUGACCAGGAUGGAGUACGCUGUGAAGUCUCUGAGCCGUCUCUACCCCAAGUCCAGCUCCAGGCAAGUGGCCGUGCGCACCUCGGUGGUGACCCAGCAGCUGCUGUCAGAGCCCAGCCUGCAGGGCUCCAGGGCCCGGCCCUGCCGCGUGAGCACCGCAGACCGGAAACAGCGCAAAGGCAUCUCGGCGCACAGCCUGGAGGACCUCCGGCACAAGGUGUGGGACGCCCUGAGGCUGGCGGACAAGUCCUUCUUGCUGGUGCUGGAGGAAGACGGCACCAUUGUGGACACAGAUGAGUAUUUCCAAGCCCUCUCGGGGGAUACGGUGUUCAUGGUCCUCCAGAAGGGGCAGCAGUGGCAGCCUCCGUCAGAACAGAAGCCCACCAAGAAGAUUGAUGUGGCCCGUGUCACCUUUGACCUGUACAAGCUACACCCUCAGGACUUCAUUGGCUGCCUGAACGUGAAGGCAACUCUCUACGACACGUACUCGCUCUCCUACGACCUGCACUGCCACAGGGCCAAGCGCAUCGUCAAGGAAGCCCUGCGCUGGGCCCUCCUUGGCAUGCGGGCCACAGGCCACAUGCUGCUCGGCACCUCCUGGUACAUGCAGAGGCUCCUGGACGCCGAGGAGGACGGGCAGCCGCCCACGGGCAAGGCCUCAGCCCUGCUCCCCGCCUGCCUGAGGAUACUGCACUGA